GCAUGUUCUCUUUGGAGUUGGUUCGAGGCGCUUGCGUGCGUCUCCAGCAGGGCUUGAGGAGCACCUGAAGGAGGGAAGGCAAAGGCACGCUCCGCCGUACGCAGCCCAGCACCACAGAGCAGAAAUGGAGAAAGCCCGGCCGUUAUGGGACAACCCCUGGCAGUUUGUCUUUGCCUGCAUUUCCUAUGCAGUGGGACUGGGGAAUGUGUGGCGCUUUCCCUAUUUAUGCCAGAUGCACGGAGGAGGUGGAUUUCUAAUCCCCUACCUGAUCAUGUUAAUUGUGGAAGGCAUGCCACUAUUGUACCUGGAGUUGGCAGUGGGACAGCACAUGAGACAAGGGAGCAUUGGGGCAUGGAAAGCGAUAAGUCCUUACCUUUGUGGGGUUGGAAUUGCCAGUGUUGUCGUUUCAUUUUUCCUCUCUAUGUACUACAACGUUAUAAACGCCUGGGCAUUCUGGUACCUCUUCCAUUCAUUUCAGGAUCCUUUGCCGUGGGCAAACUGUCCACUCAAUCUUAACCACACGGAUUACGUGGAAGAGUGUGAGAAGGCAACACCCACGCAGUAUUUUUGGUACCGAAAGACCCUCAACAUUUCUCCGUCCAUCGAAGAAAAUGGGAACAUCCAGUGGGAGCAAGCAGCCUGUCUGGUCCUGGCUUGGCUGGUGGUCUAUCUGUGUAUUCUAAGAGGAACAGAACACACAGGCAAGGUUGUUUACGUGACGGCUACUCUGCCGUAUGUAGUCCUCAUCAUAUACUUAAUCAGAGGCUUAACUCUCCAUGGAGCUGCGAAUGGGCUGACCUACAUGUUUACACCCAAGCUAGAGCAACUAGCAAAUCCAAAAACCUGGAUUAAUGCAGCUACUCAGAUAUUUUUCUCCCUUGGACUUGGUUUUGGCAGCUUGAUAGCAUUUGCCAGCUACAAUGAUCCAAAAAACAACUGUGAACGACAUGCCAUCAUCGUUUCAUUGAUAAACAGCACCACCUCGAUAUUUGCCAGCAUUGUGACUUUCUCCAUUUAUGGCUUUAAGGCAACUUUCAACUAUGAAAACUGCAUGAGCAAGGUGAUAUUGAUGCUGACAAAUUUUUUCGACCUGGAAGAAGGAUCAUUAACAAUGGAAAACCUUGAAGAUAUGAAGCAUUUCCUAGCAUCCACUCACCCCAGUGAAUAUGCAGAACUGUUGCCGCAGAUUAAGAACUGCAGUUUGGAAGCAGAAUUAGACACAGCUGUUCAGGGUACCGGACUGGCAUUCAUAGUGUAUUCUGAAGCAAUAAAGAACAUGGAAGUCUCACAGCUGUACUCAGUGCUGUAUUUCUUUAUGUUGCUGAUGUUGGGAAUAGGCAGCAUGCUGGGGAACACGGCAGCCAUUCUUACUCCUUUGACUGACAGCAAGUUCAUUACCUCCCAUGUGCCUAGAGAGAUGAUAUCAGGAGGUGUAUGCAUUAUCAACUUUUUAGUUGGCCUAGCAUUCACCUUGGAAGCUGGCAACUACUGGUUUGACAUCUUCAACGAUUACGCAGCUACACUCUCCUUGCUACUUAUAGUACUGGUGGAAACCAUGGCUGUCUGUUACGUAUAUGGACUCAGAAGAUUUUCUAAAGACCUUUCUGUGAUGAGCGGACAUAAACCAAGCUGGUACUGGAAGAUUAUGUGGGCUUUCGUUAGUCCUGUGUUGAUUGUAAGCCUCUUUAUAUUUUACAUCACAGACUACAUCAGAACAGGGACAUUGCAAUACCAAGCCUGGGAUGCAACAGAGGGUCAGCUGGUUACAAAAGAUUACCCAAGUGGUGCCCUAGCAGUUAUUGGGCUGCUUGUUGCCGCCUCCACUUUGUGCAUACCACUGGGAGCAUUAGUAACUUUUAUAAUUAAAAGAACAAAUCCUUAGUUCUGGACUUGUGAGAACUUCAUCAACAGCUGCAACUUUUGCAAACCAACCUUGACAACUAGAACAGCAAUAACCUGCAACGAUUAACAAGCACACAGAAUUUUACUACUGUCUUACCAACGAAUGGUCAAGAGAACUGUCCUAUAGCAGAUGGAAGAUUUAAAAUUGUCUCUUGAGGGGUACGAACGCAACAUGAUGGCUCACAAACACCUUGGACUGUGCACAGUAUAUAUUGGUCAACUCCCUCUGCCUUCUUCUGAACAAUCUUCACUUUAAUAGAAGUGUAUUCCUACUGCAUCUGAAGUACAGGAAGAAAGGCUUGCACUGCAAAAAAGCUGCAACGUGCACAAAUAAGUUUUCCAUGUAUAAUGCAGUUUGACCAUGUUAUUUGUAUUAUUCAUGGGAUCUAUAUUUUAGUAGGUGCUUGGAGGCUUCUUUAGAAGCGAUAUAAGCUCAGUAAUCAGCUAGCAAUGUUUAUAUGCAAUGUAAAGAGCAGUUUCCAAGAUGAAUCACUCAAAUGAAUUUCCCCACUUUUCUAGAGGUGCCUUAAAGGAGAGGGGGUUUGGGCUGUUAAAAGUAAGAGCUACGCUGGACCUGUUGCACGAGCUGGGGAACUCAAGACUCGACAUUUUAGUUAUAUCAAGGUAAUGUGUGCAUUAAUGUUCUUGGUAGCACAUAGUGCCACAUUAUUCAAUAUUUUUAACAUUACCACAUGAUAAACAUGAGUGCAGACAAGCCACAAAAGAUUUAAAAAGUCAGGUGUUCUUUUUACUGAAUUUCUUUUCCUGAAC